CUUUAAAGACGGCUUGUUCAGGAAAGCGCACUUUAUUUACUCCGAGGCUUCUAACAGCAUCACAAAGAGCUCAACAACCCAUUUGACUGUGAAAGUGAACAGUCUGAGGUAAAAGAAGGAUGUCAAACUCAGGAGGUCGCAGAUUGAAGCAGUGGCUGAUGGAGCAGAUCCAAAGUGGUCAGUAUUCUGGGUUGCAGUGGGAGGAUGAGAGCCGCACCAUGUUCAGGAUUCCUUGGAAACACGCAGGGAAGCAGGACUACAACCAAGAAGUUGACGCAUCUAUUUUCAAGGCCUGGGCUGUGUUUAAAGGCAAGUUUAAGGAGGGGGACAAGGCUGAGCCGGCUACAUGGAAGACCAGACUCCGCUGUGCCCUAAAUAAAAGCCCUGACUUUGAGGAAGUGACGGAAAGGUCACAGCUGGACAUUUCCGAGCCCUACAAGGUGUAUCGCAUUGUGCCCGAAGAUGAGCAAAAGCAUGGCAAAGUAGCAGUGAUGCCCAUGACAGGUCCCACCAGCUCUGGUGACCUCACAGACAUGGACUGCAGCCCUGCAGAAAUAGAGGAGCUCAUUAAAGAGGAGGAUGGCUGCAGCAUUCAGGCAAGUCCGGAGUAUUGGUCUCAGGGCAGCAUCAAUGCUUUCCCUCUGCAUCAGGACCCAAUGCCAUCUGGCAACCUCAGUUCAGCUUUUUCCCAGUUGAUGAUUACUUUCUACUAUGGAGGGAAGCUGAUGUACAACACAGUGGUUUCUCAUCCAGAAGGCUGCAGGAUUUCCCCCCAGCAGCACCUGGGUCGUGGCGCCCCCUACAGUUCAGACAGCAUGCAGAGUGUUCACUUCCCCCCAGCAGAGCUUAUAGAGUAUGAACGGCAGCGUUAUGUCACCCGCAAGCUGAUGGGUCACCUGGAGAGAGGUGUUCUAGUGCGUGCAAACCAAGAGGGUAUCUUCAUCAAGAGGCUGUGUCAGAGUCGGGUCUUUUGGAGCGGGCUGGGGGAUGGAAGCUCCCAGUACGGAUCCAUGCCUGGGAAACUGGAGAGGGAUUCUGUAGUCAAGAUUUUUGACACAGGAAAGUUUUUUCAAGCGUUGCAGCUCUAUCAAGAAGGUCAGAUUUCUGCUCCUGAUCCGUCAGUGACACUCUGUUUUGGAGAGGAACUGAUUGACCUUAGCAGUGCAAAAAACAAGCUGAUCAUUGUGCAGAUUACCAUGGUGAACUGCCAACACAUGCUGGAUUCCCUGAACAUGCGUCGCUCGCAGCCUUACAGCAGCAACUCAAGCAUUGAGAUGAGCGACGACGUGGCCACUGAACAGAUGGCUCGAAUCUACCAGGACUUGUGCAGCUAUAGUGUUCCCCAGAGGCAAGCGUGCUACAGGGACAACAUGCCCAUCACUGCCUAACUAUCUCACCAAGAUCCGCUUUGAAACAUAUCAGACAUUCUUUAUAUUUUUCAUAUACACUGAAGAGGUGAAUUGAAAGACAACUGAGGAAAAGAAAGUAUCGUCUAUUCUCUGACAGUAGGACUUUAAGAGGGAGGCUCAUUUUUAACGCUUCCAUUCAGGGUUUUGCAUGUAAUUUAUGUUGCAUCAUCACAGGGUACAUAAAAUUAAGUUACAAACAGGUAUAGGUGAGUGCCUCACAUUGCUAAAGCUUCAUUAAUGUCAGGUUUAUAGAAGAAGGCAGUUAAGUUCUCAAGAUGGAUUUGACUUAUUGUCUUUUUCAGCUUCAGAGGUUUAGAUAAUUUUUUUAAUGUGUGUUGAAGUAAAACGCAGCUGAAUGAUAUUUCAUCGCAUACUAUCCUGUUUUCUACAGAAAAUGAAAAUAUUUUUUUAUAUGAAUUGACAAAAAUUGCACAAUGUUUUGGAUGCAAUGUGGCAUUAAAGUACAGAUAGGUUUUACUAUCAGAUUAUUAUUUGAGUAAACUGUAUUUCAAAAUAAAGAC